AUGGCCUUUUGGGAAAAAGGGGAAAAAAACUUCAUGCCUUGGUACCAGCAACAACUGUCUCUAUUUACCCCCUCGAUGACAUCUGCAAUCCCACCUGAGCCCUUAUUUUCUCUCUUGACUAACAUCCCUCAAGUGACCUUCCCUAUCUGUCUAAAAAGCCACUCCCUAACAGGGGUGUCAGUUGAAAAUCUAGAUGACUCACAAUGUGGGGUGACCUUCACUGUUGAAACUAAUGAGAAAAACCGGGACCUAAAAAUUUCACUAGGGUAUUACGAUUUAGCCCAAAGUUUAAAAACUAGAGGUUCUGGCAGAACCGACACACUAUACCUAUCCCCAAACAUGAGGCUCUCCUCAGAUGCCAUUAACCAGUCUCAAAAAUCCAUGUUCUGUUCUGGACGACCAAAGAACCACACCCGUUCGUCCUGGUUUCUAAACCGGACGGGCAACUCUGACCCCUGUUAUUCCCUUGUAGGGGUACCCACCCCUAAAAACCUAACCCUAUGGUGGGAGCCCAAACGAAAUACUCUCUACCUUGAGGACAAAACCCAGGAUGCCUCACAACACUUAAAUCUGUUUCUAAAUGCCCUCACUGCUGCCGGUUUUGCAGCAAGUGGGGUGACAGUCUCCUCCCAGCUGCUAAAAGACUGCCCCUGUUCCAUUAUGCCAUGUUCCAGUUGUAAGGCAGAUAAAAAUCCUGUUCCUCUUUGGCAAACCCAUUUUGCUGCCCAACUUAAACCUAGUCAUGGUGUCUAUUUCAUAUGUGGGGAUAAAGCUUAUUUAUCCCUACCACCUUUUUGGUCAGGAACUUGCUCCCUAGGGUAUGUUACGCCCCACAUAGAUCUGGCCUGGAGUAAUACCUCCUUGCCUCUACCAGUAUAUACCAACCAGAGGAUACGUCGUGCGGUAAUACUUACCCCUAUUUUCCUGGCAUUAGGACUGACUGCUGGUUUAACAGGAGUUGCCGUGGGGGGAACUUCUUUACAUAAAUUUCAGCAGCUUUCUACCGACACUGCUGUAUCCAUAGAAAAAACAGCGAAGACCCUCCAAUGCCUACAAUCCCAGUUAGACUCCCUAGCCGCAAUGGUCCUACAAAAUCGUCGGGCCCUAGACUUAUUGACUGCAAAACAGGGAGGCACUUGUCUAUAUCUAAAAAAAGAAUGCUGUUUUUAUUAUAACCAGUCUGGGCAGGUCCAAAAAGAUAUCAAGGGGCUUUUGGAACAGGCUACAAAGAUCCGGGAUUUAAGUUCAACAGGUUUCCUGGGAGAUCACUGGACUAGUGAUGGCCACUAUGAUGAUAUCUAUAAAUAA